GGAGUGGACAUGACGUGACGUCAGCCGGACACUUCUGCGUCAAUAUCGUCUAGGAGGGUCGGCCGGUAUGGCGGAUGGGGAGGAGGCCAUGAGCCAGGAGGACUGGAAGGAGAAGUGUAUGGUGCUGGAGGCGCUGCUCAUGAAGUUCAGAGUGCAGAUCAUCAGGAUUCGAGAGCUCACCGCCGACAAAAUUCAACAGUUGGAGACGCAGGUGAUCGAUGCAGAGAAGAGGGCGUUCACUGCUCACCAGCAGGUGCAGUGGAUGGAGGAGAAGCUGAAGGCUCCUGAAGGUCAGUCCGGAGAUGCAGAGGUGCGUUUGUUUCAGCGCUGCCAGGAGCUGCAGGCCUCGGUGCAGGAGAAGGACGACGUCAUCGAGCAGUUGGAGCAGCAGCUGGAGGAGCAGAAACAGAUCCGACUUCAAGAUUCCAAAACAGUGGAGGAGAAAGCUGCAAAAAUCAAGGAGUGGGUGAUGCUGAAGUUAAAUGAGUUUGAGGUUGAGAAUGCAGCAUUAAGAGAAACCAACAAGCAACAUGAGGCUCAGAUUCUGGAGCUACAGAAACAAGUGCAGGCCUUCGAGCAGAAGUGCAGUGGUGGACCUGGAGUCCUCAGCAGACCAGGUGAGGCCCAGCGUCUCAGCAGCCUCACGUUUGGCUGUUUCCAGGUGAGGGGGAAGAACCCCCAGGUCCUCACUGGCCCGGCCCCCUCCCAGAGGACCCUCAGCACCCAGGAGGAGAUUGAGGCCAGAGAUGAACCUGCGUCCUCAGAGACAGACGGUGAAGUCCACAGCCCGGACCGAGCUGGACCCCUGUGCUCUCCUCUGGAGGACGACAGUGCCUCUGACAGCCUGGCGGACAGCACAUGUGGACGUGAGUCUCGGGCGGUCUCCUCUGUGCUCUCCAGUGCUGCAUCGGAGGGCGAGGGAGGAGGAGGAGGAGGAGGGAGUGGAGCAGGUGGUCUGGAGUUCAGCCGCCCCGGCAGCGAGACCUACCUGACCGCCUCGGACGACAGCAGCUCUCUGUUUGACGACGACAUGCAGCGGGCGGAGCGGCCCAGCUUCGGCCUCCUGGGGUCGUCGGACGGGACCCUGGGGGAGGGGAAGGAGGGUGAGGAGGAGGAGGAGGCGGCACACGGGGCCGAGCUGGAGGACGGCACCUCCGAGGAGCUCAACAAACGAUUCCAGUCGCAGAGACUCGACUCCUCAUCUUCCUCCAGCGAGCCCAACACUCCCAGCCCCAGCCUCACCCCGGCCCUCACACCCAAACGCCCAACCCCGCCCCAGGACCCAAGGGACAACCCGGCCUCACCCAAACAGCCACGCCUGCGGACCCCAGCAGGGUUCGGGCUGAUUCAUGCGUCUGUGGCCAAGAAGCACCUGAGCCAGCCUCCGGUCAGCAGCGAGGCGGCACACGGGCGCACACGCAACGCGCUCAGCAUGCUCCGCCCCUUCCGGCCACAGGAGACGGACCUGGACCAGGAGGGGGAGGCUGGCAUGGAGACAGGCAGGGACACGCCCCCUCAAACCCUCCCCAGCUCACAAGCUCCACCCACCACGCUUUACUUGCAGACCUCACCUGAACCUGGUCCAGAGCCGAGUGACCUCUCGGCACCUCCCACCCCCCCUCUGCACAGACUGCCCUCCUGGGAGAGUCGUAUCUACGCUGUCGCUAAAUCAGGAAUCCGACUGUCUGAGACGUCCUGCACAGACCCUGCCAGUAAAGACCCUUCCCUCCAGUCCUCCUACCCUGCCUUCGUCAUGUAUACAUCCCUCGUCUAUAAGAACAUGACUACACCCGUUUAUACUACUCUGAAGGGGAAAGCCACUCUACUGAGCAGCAGUCCCGUCUCAGACGAGUCGUCCGGCUCCGAGGAGUCGUCCGGCUCAGGAGAGGAGGACGGCUCCGUCUGCAGCUCCCACACCUCGUCCAGCUCCCGCAAGGACGGCAGCCCGGGCAGCCCGCGCUCUCUCAAGAGAGCUGUGUCCAUGUCCUCGAUGACAUCAGAGAGCGACUACGCCAUCCCUCCCGACGCCUACUCCACCGACACAGAGUGCUUCGAACCGGAGCAGAAGCUGCCCAAGACCUGCUCAGCAGCCAGCGACAACGGCAAGAGUGAGCCGAUGGAGAAGUCAGGCUACCUGUUGAAGAUGGUUAAGACCUGGAAGAAAACCUGGAAGAGACGCUGGUUUGUCCUCAAAGACGGAGAGCUGCUCUACUACAAGUCACCUAGCGAUGUGAUCAGGAAGCCUCAGGGUCAGAUCGAGGUCAACGCCACCAGCAGCAUCGCCCGCGGAGAAGGGAAACAGAUUCUCCAGGUAGUGACGGGGAAGCGUGUUUACUACCUGAAAGCUGACUCUCCCAACCUACUGGAGGAGUGGCUCAAGGUGCUGCUGAGUGUUCUGAGGCUGAAAGCUGCCAGUCCGCUCUUCACCCAGCCUGAUAUCCGCCCUGGCAUGAAGGGGCUGCUCAUAAAGGUGAAGCAUGGAUACUCAAAGCGCGUUUGGUGUGCUCUGAUCGGCAAAACGCUGUUCUACUUCCGGAGCCAAGACGACAAGUUCCCACUGGGUCAGAUAAAGCUGUGGGAGGCCAGGGUGGAGGAGGUGGACAGGUCCCGGGAUUCAGAUGAUGACCUGAAGGCAUGUGGGCGGGGCCUACAGGGAGCACCUUUCACCAUCUCUGUCCACCCACAGGAGCAAGGGCCCACCUACCUGCUAAUCGAGUCCCGCCAUGAAAAGGACUCGUGGCUGUACCAUCUGUCUGUGGCAGCAGGAACCACGGUGGGUAAAGUUGGCACCGAGUUCGAACAGCUUGUGGGAAAGCUCUUCCAGGUUGACGGAGAUCCAAACUCUCAGAUCUGGAGACAUCCCAUGCUGUGUUUCAGUAAAGAGGCUCUGUCAUCUCCUCUCACCACGCUGCCCUCACAGGCUCUGCAGACAGAGGCUGUUAAACUCUUCAAGACUUGUCAGCUGUUCAUCAAUGUGGCCAUCGAUGCCCCGGCCAUCGACUACCACGUCUCGCUAGCCCAGAGCGCCUUGCAGGUGUGCCUGACCCACCCGGCGCUUCAGAACGAGUUUUUCUGCCAGCUCAUCAAGCAGACCCGCAGGAGGCAGCCUCACGGCCACCCAGGACCCCUGCAGGGCUGGCAGUUUCUGGCCCUGUGCGUGGGACUGUUCCUGCCUCAGCAUCCUUUCCUCUGGCUGCUCCAGGCUCACCUCAAAAGACAAGGAGACUCCAGGACUGAGGUGGGUAAGUAUGCCAUCUACUGCCAGCGGUCCAUGGAGCGGACCCAGCAGAAGGGUGAGAGGCAGGGCCGGCCGUCCCGUAUGGAGAUCCUCUCCAUCCUGCUGAGGAACCCCUACCAUCACUCGCUGCCAUUCAGCGUCCCUGUUCACUUCCUCAACAACACCUACCAGGUGGUGAGUUUCGAUGCUUCAACCACAGUGGACGAGUUCCAAUGUCGCCUCAACCAGGACACUGGCAUAAGAAAAACUGGGCUGUCUGGAUUCAGCCUGUUCACAGAUGACCCGACCGGACGAGAGCUGGAACACUGUCUGCAAGGAGGCAUUAAGAUUUGUGACAUUAUCUCGAAAUGGGAGCAGGCCUGUAAGGAUCAGCACACCGGCAAGUCUGAAACCACCAGGACUGUACGCCUCACCUACAAGAACAGGCUGUAUUUCUCUCCCCAGGUCCGGGGGGAGUCAGAGAGGGAGAGGUUGCUGCUGGCAUAUCAGAUCAACGAAGCCAUUGUAGCAGGACACUUUCCUGUCAACAAGGAGCUGGCUUUGGAAAUGGCUGCCCUGCUGGCCCAGGUGGAGUUUGGAGAUUUUGAGCGUCCCUUCUCUGCUCCGGGUUCAGCGCAGACCAAGUCGAACCAAACCCUGAAACAAGUUCUUGAAAGAUUUUACCCAAAGCACUACCGCAGAACCACGUCUGAGGAGCAGCUCAGGCAGCUGCUGCAGCGUCUCUCCGCCCGCUGGGCCUCGCUCAGAGGUCGAAGUUCACCCGAGUGCGUCAGGAUCUACUUGACUGUCGCUCGAAAAUGGCCUUUCUUUGGUGCCAGACUAUUUGAAGCAGAGUCCACUACUCCCUCUCCAGAGCAGGGUGUGCGUGUUUGGCUCGCCGUGCACGAAGAUGGCAUCAGUAUUCUGGAGCACAACUCUAUUAAACCGCUGGUGUCGCACCCCUACAAAAACCUGAUGACGUUUGGAGGCUGCAAACAGGACUUCAUGCUGGUAAUGGGCCAGAGCAUCGGUACCAACAGCAGCAAAGACAAACCCACAGAGAAACAUCUGUUUGCUAUGGACACCUCUAAGAUCAGGGAAAUCACCCUCCUCAUCUCCAGUUACAUCAACAGUGCUCACCAGCUGAAGGCCGCUGCCCACCACCUCUCUGCCCCAGCUCUCAUGGUGGCCCAGCCCAUCAGCCUGAAGUGCAAAGAGCUGAGGAGCAGAUCUCCACCAGCGCUGGGACGUCCCAGCAAGACCCCUACGCUGCUGUGACCGCAUGAC